AAAAACAACCUAUUAAUGGAAGGUCGUGGACUAAUCGUGAAAGGUUUGAAAUGGACAUUGCGGAAGACGUCAGCUUUCUAUAAACGGCCUACAACGAGGAAAUCCAGUAGCGUUGGCCUUUGUAAAGGUCCUGACGACAACGUGAAAGACUCGAAACCUUCAUGGCAAUUUUGGAAACGCAUCUCUUUAAUGAUCGCGCUACCAGCAGUUGCGUUGGUUACUGCAGGUGUGAUGUUCACACAUGAGGAAGUAGAAAGGCCACCAUUUGUUCCUUAUGAAUACUUAAGGAUUCGAAGGAAACGAUUUCCUUGGGGCGAUGGGAAGAAGACACUUUUCCAUAACCCACGUGUUAAUCCUUUACCCGAGGGAUAUGAAGAUGAAGUCCAAACUCCUGAAGGACAAGAAGAAGAACAUGGCGAUGGAGAAGAAGGGAAGGAUAUUUAGGAAGAUAAGAGUCAGAAUUUAGUCAAGGAUAUAAAUGGAGAUUAAGUGUCGACUAAAAGCAAGAUGGGGACGAACAGGAAAGUUACAGGAAUCAAAUUAAAGGGUUUAAGAGUAUUUUCCUGUGUCCAUCUAUUCUGGGCUUGAAUUUAUUUAAAUCUUAAAUAUAUAACUUGAUUAAAGA